AUGGGUGGCGAUGGCGGCAGCAUCCCCCGACGGGUGGACCUAGUGAAGACAAACGGAUAUAGAUAUGCGAGGAACCUAGGAGGAAUGGGUUAUUCGCCCAACUUGCAAAUUAAGAAAUCACUAGACAAGCUUUCGCCCAGGGAGAUAAGCCAAAUUAGAUGGAAGCAAUGCGCCCUAAGCCAGAACAUGUUGAAUCCCCCAAUUGUGGCAUGCCGCGUUGGACUUUUAUACAACAAGGAGGAGGUGAUAAAGUAUUUGUUGUCCAAGCAUAAAUUGGCGGGAAUGGAGCACAUCCGUUCAGUGAAGGAUGUGAAGGACUGCAAGCUGCGGAUUGACAGUAAUACAAUGUCCUUUGUCUGUCCCAUAACCCUAUCGGUGUUAUCUAGCAACACUAGGGGGGUCAUGCUGUGGCCUUGCGGUUGUGUUAUCGCAGAGAAGGCUAUUAGGGAGUACACUACCAGGGAAAGUGACAAGGCAAAGUGUCCCAAUUGCGACCGUGAGUUUAAGUUCCAUCGCCGCAACAAGUCAAAGGACGGGCGCUUGGUGAGUUACGGAGACGUGAUUGUCAUAGCUCCGGAUGGGACCCAGGAGGCCAAACGCCGACUAAGGCUUAGCAGCCAACAGAAGAGGGGCUGCAAAUCAAGCAAUCUUAUACUCGACACGCCAGAACACAAUAACAGUUAG